AUGUCUUGCGCACAAGUGGAUAUGUCUGAUACCCAACCAGCUCCGUCACGGGCGAAAAGCCGCCGCAAGUGCGCUGUGUACUUGGGCAGCACGACCUUUGUCGAAAUCGAGGAUGAUCCCUCUACAAUCACGCUGGAAGAGCUGUGUGAGGCGUUUGGCACGCCAUGGGAGAGCGGCAUGCAUGUGAAGCACCGUGCCACCGGACGCGUCGUGGCUACCCUCCCCUUUGAGCCCAUGCCAACGCUCGAAGACGUUUCAGACGCCUUCAUCAAGGCGGAGAGCACGACGGCGACCACGCACACGGGCGACUUAACAGUUCCAACAGCCUACGACAACGCGGAAGAGGAUGUUGAUGGCGCCGAGGAGGGAGAGACGAUGUACGCCGUCGUGUACGACCUUGUUACCCCGACGGCACCGGGCGACAAUGGAGACAGCGAACUGGCGGCGGCCGUAACCGCGGCUGGUCUGUUGGAAAACCUUCCGGCAGACGCAGACGGUACUUGCAACAUCGGGGAGACGAUGCGGAAGCUUGUCGAGCUCGGUGCAGCAGAGCUGCUCACCGCCGAGCCCUUGUCCGUGUCUCAGGCGAGGCGGGAAUACAAUCCGCCAGAGGCCCCGGGCCUCUUGCGUCGCAUCGUGUAUCCUGCCUCCCAAUACUCUCCAUACCGCCUCGAUCGCGACCCGCUCCACACUGACAAGCUUUCCUUUUACCGGUCUUCUACUGUGACCGCUAGCGUUCCGUCUGGGCCCCCGCCAACCAGCUGCACCGGUUUGCAUGCGCUGCCGGUGUGGGACUAUGGUGAAGGAGGACUGUACACCAGCUACUUCGAUAGCUACGACCUGAGUUGUCCAAUGAGGGGGCCCUUUGUGAGGCCUUCCGCGGCUGGAAAGGCGGCGCUCGUAAUGCCUCUGUCGGAUGAAGAGCAUCAUCGCAUUUUCGGCGCGUAA